AUGGCAGAGCAAAGCCAAAACGUGUUGUCAAGACUGGUUUCGGCUGAUGAGUAUGAGGCUUUGUUGGCGCUGGUGGAGUUGAGGAGGGAUAGGGUGUUUGGGCGGGGAGCGGCAGUUACUUCUGGGGCUGCUGAGCGGGUGGAGAAGAAGGGACGGGAGGAUGUUGACGGAGGUGUUGUUGGAGCGCUGUUGUAUGCUGUGGAGUCGGUGGACGAUGAAGACGAGGAGGAUGGAGAAGAUGGACAUAUUGACGACUACAGCUUUGACGAAGAUGAGGCCGAAGAUGAUGAAGAUUUCGAUGAGGAUGCCGACCAGCAGGACGAAGAAGAAGAAGAUGAUGAUGAUGAUGAUGAUGACUUCAACGCACCGUACGCCUCGCCACCGCCCACCAACCAGCGGAAACGAGCUACCCGUGGAAAAGCCAUAUCCUCGACCAAGGACUCAGCGAACACCAAAGCCAAACCGAAACCACGACCUCGCCGACGCCCGGAUUGCACCACCGAGAAAAGCCACGUCUGCGACUGGACAAGCUGUCCGAAAACCUUCGCCACCAAGGGCGGGCUUACCAAGCACGUCAACAGCGAGCACACCCACAAGAACCAACAUCGCUGCCCGGUGCCCAGCUGCACCGUGCCGCCUGCGUCCGCGCGAGAGACCGUGGUACGACAUCUGCUGAACUUGCAUAAAAUUCCUUUGCCCACCACUGAGAAGGGGAUGAAGUUGGUGGAGAAGAAGGAGGUCCGGAGGAAGCAGGCGAGGGUUUUUGCGGAGUGGGUUGGGAACGGGGACGAUCAGGUGGGGAGGGAGUUCUUCUUGAGGGGUAUUGGGGAGGGCUGA